AUGCGUGUUAUGGAAAAUCUUAAAUUGAUAGCCACUUUGCAUGAUCUCCCUUGGGCUCUUAUGGGAGACUUUAAUGAGGUUAUUAUUGAAGGAGAAAAGGCUAGGGGUAAUCCUAUCUUCCAAAGAAGAGUGAGGGCUAUUCUAGAUUGUAUGAAUGAGUGUCAAAUGAUGGAUUUGGUGUUCUCAGGGCCUAAAUUUACUUGGACUAAUAAGAGAGAAUUGGGGGGUCUCAUCCAAUGUAGACUUGAUAGAGUUUGGGCUAACCCUAACUGGAAAUCUUAUUUCCUUGAAGCAAAUGUUACUCAUCUGGCCAGAGUUAACUCUGACCACUACCCUCUCUUGCUUAAUCUGUGCCCUAAUCUGACUAAUACCUCCAAUCGUCCCUUUAGAUUCCAACUUAUGUGGUUGAGUCACCAUGACUUUCCAGCCAUUGUCAGGGAAUCUUCGGCUGGUAUGGAAGAUAAUCUAGUUGGAGCUAUCACUAGAUUCACUCACAAGGCCCAAACUUGGAAUAAAGAAGUUUUUGGAAAUAUAUUUGCGAGGAAGAGACAGAUCAUAGCAAGGUUGCUGGGUGCCCAGAGAGCUAUUGCUAAUAAUCCUAAUAACUUCCUGAUCAAUCUCCAAGAGCAAUUAUCAUGA